AAAAAGCUCUGCGUCAGAGUCUCGCCGCCUGCUAUAAAAAGCCCUGCCAGUGCUGCUGCAUCCUCGCAGACCUCUCUCCACAGCAGCAGCAGCAGCACUGCGGAAACCGUCUCUGCUCUCUUCUCUCUUCAACAAACAUGAGCUCCUUGAGUUACAACCCCUAUCUGCCAUCUGUGCAGCGGAGGAGGGUGGUGGUACGCAGCGGGACACCCUUCAGCGGAGGAAGCAGUCGCUCUCGAUCCGUCUAUUCGACCUAUUCAUCCCCAUCCCGUGCCUCGGUUCUGUCCUCUUCAGCAGGUCUGCAGCUUUCUGCUGCAUCGCCAGAUCUGGACCUGAGCCAGGCCACUCAGCUGAGCUCUGAGUUCAUAGCAGUGCGGACACAGGAGAGUGCUCAACUUCAGGACCUUAAUGACCGCUUCGCCGGCUUCAUUGAUCGCGUGCAUGGCCUGGAGCUCCAGAACCGUGCCCUGGAGGCAGAACUGCUCUUGUUGCGCCAGAGGCACUGCGAACCCUCCCGUCUCAGGGGGCUGUACGAGCAAGAGGCGAGGGAACUCCGUGCAGCCAUAGACGAAGCCCGUAGGGAGCGUCAAGCGGCUCAAGAAAGGCGGGACCAACUGGAAGAGGCACUCAAGGCCUUGCAGGGUCGCUACGAAGAAGAAGUCCUGGCCCGUGAGGAAGCCGAAAGACAGCUAGUGGAUUCCAGGAAGGGAGCGGACGAGGCAGCACUGGUCCGCUCUGAGCUCGAAAAAAGAGCUGACAAUCUUCUGGAUGAGCUGGCCUUCCUCAAGAGGCUCCACGAAAGUGAAAUUGCCGAGCUCCAAGCCCAGUUGCAAUACAGCGCCCAGGUGUCCGUUGAGAUGGAAGUGGCCAAACCGGACCUCUCGGUAGCUCUUAGAGAUAUCCGAGGUCAGUAUGAGCGCCUGGCGCAGCAGAACAUCCAGGCUGCGGAGGAGUGGUUCCGUGGGAAGGUGAGCACCAUGGUGGGUGACACGGCCAAACACACGGAGAACAUCCGCACUGCUAAAGACGAGGCUGGGGAGUAUCGUCGCCUCCUGAAAGCUCGAGACCUGGAGAUCGAAGCAUGCCAGGGCUUGAACCAAGCUCUGGAGCGACAACUGCAAGAGGUCGAGGAGAAACAGAGCGCAGAGAUCGCCGCCCUACAGGACAACAUCAGUGACUUGGAGAAUGAGCUAAGGACUAUGAAGAAUGAAAUGGCCCGUUACCUCAAAGAAUAUCAGGACCUUCUCAAUGUGAAAAUGGCCUUGGACAUUGAGAUUGCUGCUUACAGGAAGCUUCUAGAAGGAGAAGAAACACGCUUCAACGUGGGCGGUAUUGGUGGGAUCUCCAGUGUGUUUUCUCCCUCCAUCGCUGCCACUCCUUCUUUCGGCCGUCCCGUGUUCUCUGUGCAGUCCAGCUUGACCUCUGGCGCCCCCUAUCUUCUGGGAACCAGACUGAUGAGCUACUCUGCCACACCAGAUGAAAUCAUUGGAGCCAGGAAGGCACAGGAGGCCGGGGCAAGUCCAGAGAAAGAGGAAGAGGAAGAGGAGGAAGAGGGUGAGAAGGAGGAGGAAGAAGAAGAGGGGGAGAAGGAGGAGGAGGAGGAAGAAGAAAAAGAAGAGGGUACUGACAUUUGUACCCUAUUGUCUCUUUUACAGGUGAAAGGAGGUGAAGAGGGAGGAGAGGAAGAAGGAGAACAGGAAGAGGAAGAAGAAAAAGUAGCAGAGGAAGAGGAAGAAGGAAAAGAGGGAGAGGAAGCAGAAGAGGAAGGAGGAGAGGGGGAAGAAGGUGAUCAAGAAGAAGGUGAAGGUGAAAAAGAAGAUGAGGGUGAGACGGAUGGCGCUGGAAAAGAUGUGUAUAUAUAUAUUGGAAAGAGAGAGGAGGAGAGUAAGGAUGGGGGAGAGGAGAAAGAGGGUAAGUAUGAGAAAGGGAAGAAAAAACCUGGUGCUAUCUGGAGGUGA